GAGAGAGCAUUGCACCGCUCGCAUCGUCGUGCCGCCCUACAAUCCCCGACAAUGGCAUCGUUAGUUCCUAUCCUGCCAUUUCUGCGGCCGCUGAGCUUGCCACGACCGUCUACCAUCCAGCAUUUUCUGCGCUUCUCCACCACGACACGAUGCCAGCUACCACGACCACCCACAGACACCAAAGCUGCUCCGAGACCAGCACGACAGACGCAACAAUACACACCAUCUCACAAUGAAGACCCGAAUCUCGUCGCUUCCCGAACAGCAUCGCCAACCUACCCACCCCCUUCAAUGAAAUCUCUUCCUCGCCCCAAACUCUCCCGGGCAUCUCGACGCACCUCGCAACCUCCCAAACAACGCCCCUACCCAACUCGACAACCAUCCCACCACCAACCUGCCCCUCCCAAACUCAUCCCUGAGCCCGUCGCCCCUCUCCCACCCGCCGAGUGCGCACCCAACCUCGCAUACUUCGUUACGCGCACGCGCAAUAACGAGCUCCCCGUAUACCACGAUUCCAAGCGUGGGGGAAACAUGAAGUUGACGUUGGUGAGGAAGAUUGACGGCGAGGUGGAGGUAUUGCGAGACCAGUUGAGGGCUCGACUCCAUUUGAAGAAGGAGGAUUGCAUUGUGAAUCCUAUCACGCGGCAGGUGGUUAUGAAGGGGCAUUGGAAGCCGGAGGUCGCGAAUUUUCUGCGUGAGAGACAGUUCUGAUGAAGUCCCCGGAGGGAGGCAGCUGUACAGACUUGUAUAUCAUCUUUCGAUAUUUCUAUGUGAAAGUAACCUAGAACGGGCUUCGCUAACAUGUCCAGAGAGGCAUUUCGCGCGUU